UCCACAGAAAUGGAAUAAAAAGACAUAAACGAAGGGCAUCAUUAAUAUACAAUCCAACAAAGCAUUAAUUAAACUCUCAAAAACAACAAAUUCUAUGGCUAACAUUUUGAGCAACCUAUCCCUGCUUCUCUUCAGUCUUCUCUCCUCUUCAAAUUAUGAUUAUGAGGCUAAGACCGGAGUUGGGAUAUUCCCACCAACCUGCAACCGGAUAGAGUGUCCUUCUUAUGAUGUUAUUGACGUCGCUAAUGGCUAUGAAAUUCGUCGCUAUAAUUCGUCUCUUUGGAUGACAACUUCUCCUAUUGAAGACAUCUCUCUUGUUGAUGCUACCAGAACUGGUUUCUUACAGUUAUUUGACUACAUUCAAGGGAAAAAUAGUUACGGAGAACAAAUAGAGAUGACAGCUCCGGUUCUUACUGAAGUCCUGCCAAGCAACGGACCGUUCUGCGAAUCUUCAUUCACCGUAAGUUUCUACGUUCCGAAAGUAAACCAAGCAAACCCUCCUCCAGCAAAAGGGCUCCAUGUUCAGAGAUGGAAACAGACAUAUGCAGCCGUAAGGCAAUUCAGUGGGUUUGUGAGUGACUCAAGUGUUGGAGAGGAAGCUGCGGCCUUGCAAGCAAGCAUUGCUGACACGAAAUGGGACGCUGCCAUCGAAAAAACUCGUAGUACUGAUUCCGCUUCUGUGUACACUGUUGCACAGUACAAUUCUCCGUUUGAAUUUAACAACCGAGUCAAUGAGAUCUGGAUGUUGUUCGACAUCAACGACAAGUAACGAAACUCGGAAUCUGAAAGGAUGACUGUUGUGGACUAUUUAGCGGUAUUUAAUAAAGUUGCCUAAAUGUUACAUUUUGAAUUUCAUUGUAAGAAUAAGCUUCAUAUGAAGGGAUAUGUAUUUAGAAAUACUCAACUUUCAAUCUUCAGUUUCAUCAUAAUUGUUAAAGGCAUAA